CACUACAGGAGACACAGAUCAGGUGUUGUACUGGAGAGACACGUGUGCCGGCUAGACGCCACUGACAGCAAUGUGCUGUACAGCAACCAAGACUGUUUCCUAAGCAGGUGUAAACAAUAGUAGUUAUCCAAAACACAGAUAUAUAGAGAGUUUGAACUUGACAAAAAAAAUGACUCACUUGCAAGCGGGCCUGAGCUCGGAGACCACGGAGAAAGCUCGGCUGGAGCUCAACGAGAACCCCGACAGCCUCCACGCAGACAUCCAGCAGGUGCGCGACAUGAUCGUGACGCGGCCCGACAUUGGCUUCCUGCGCACGGACGACGACUUCAUCCUGAGGUUUCUGCGGGCGCGCAAGUUUAACCAGGCAGAGACCUUCCGGCUCCUGGCCCAGUACUUUCAGUUCCGCCAGCAGAACCUGGACAUGUUCCAGAGCUUCAAGGUGGACGACCCGGGAAUCAAGCGGGCGCUGAUGGACGGCUUCCCAGGAGUCUUAGAAACACCGGAUCAGCACGGCCGGAAAAUACUCAUCCUUUUCGCUUCCAACUGGGAUCAAGGCAGGAACUCUUUCACAGACAUCCUCCGAGCCAUCCUCCUCUCCCUGGAGGUUCUCAUAGAGAACCCAGAACUCCAGAUCAACGGCUUCAUCUUGAUUAUCGACUGGAGUAACUUCUCCUUCAAGCAAGCUUCCAAGCUCACACCCAACAUCCUCAAACAGGCCAUCGAAGGCCUGCAGGACAGCUUCCCUGCUCGCUUCGGUGGGAUCCAUUUUGUAAACCAGCCCUGGUACAUCCACGCCAUGUACACCAUCAUCAAGCCUUUCCUCAAGGACAAGACAAGGAAAAGGAUUUUCCUCCAUGGGAACAAUCUCAACAGUUUACACCAGUUAAUUCUACCCGAUUGUCUACCGUCCGAGUUCGGUGGCACGCUGCCGCCGUAUGACAUGGGCAUCUGGGCACGGACCCUCUUAGGGCCCAACUACAACGACGAGACGGAGUACACACUCACCUACGACGCCCUCCACGUCAAAGGGAACUAUGGUGGCGGAGACAAGGAAUGUGCCGACAAACUUCUGAAAAGGUCCCAGUCAGCCGUAGAGCCGGGUACCCUACGACAAGGAGACAGGGAGAACACGGCACAGCCGCUCCUGGCUCUGGACUGAUCUCUCCUGUUCAUCCACACUGGAUCCAAACCCCUCUCAUUAGGAUUCCAACCCCACUGACUCCAAAACCUCAAUCUGAACUUUGAGAAAGUCGAAAACUGACUCGAAAAGGAGACUCUAAACCCUUGUUCACAUGGAGCUGCUGUACUGAAAACAUCUCAUCUCUUGACUCUGAGCCAGUGGCAGUUUCAGAUCAGGACCUUCAAAAGCUGUGCCAUCCACUUUCACUGGCAAACCUGUCCGUCAUCAGCCAUCCAAAUCAAUGCUGAUAGGAGUAGAAUGAUUAAACGAAUGUCAGUGUUACCAGUACCACUAGGAGGGACCGACUGACCGAGUUAAAUGUCAAAGUGUCUCGUGAACAAAAUGCCAAACUGUAUCUUACUGUUUUAGGGGAUGUCGUUUCUAUGAAAGUCAAUAUAUUUCAAGAUUGUAUAUUUAUCAGGGCAACUGCACUAUCAGUGUGACCUCCAUCGAACUGCAAUCUAUUUAAGUCAUCUUUAAAAGAAUGUAUAGAAAAAACGUUUUUAGUUGUGUGCUAAUUACGUGUGUGAAUGUUCAGGUUGUCAUUGAAAAUCACACAAAGGAGUAGAAUUUCAAAUGAGAGGAAUCAGCAUUACAAUAUACAAAUUAAGCUACCUAUGUAUUUAAUGAAACUACACAACAUUCUGAUCACGUGACACCAUUUUGACCAAAUUGUUUAAUUUACUGAGAAGAAAAAGCUUUACAAUUAUUAAUAGUAACUGAUUACAACACACAAAAUAUAAUUGAAAGAAACAUGACUUAUUUGGCAGGCCAGUUUCAACAGCUCAGUGAUUUCAACAUCAUAAAAGUAUUAACUUCCUAAGAUGAGUGAUAGCAAUUCAUAACAGAGGACCACAAAAGGUGAAAUCUCAAACAAUGUGGCUUUGUAAAGGUGCUGGAUUUGUUACCCUUGUAACUAAGGGAAUCAUUUGAAGCAUGGAGGAGAUAGCUUGAAUGUGUCAUCGUCAUAACACAAACUGAUAACCACAAAUACCCCCAAGACACCAAUGACCAUGACAAUGUUGAAAGGCAAUCCAAGGUGCCUAAGGUUUUGACUCCAUCCCUUUGGAUUGUGUGUUCACAUGCUUCUCUGAAGUAGGGGUACAAUUAUGUUAGCCAAGUUUCCCACACAUAUUUCUCACUUGGAAGCUCAUUAUGAACAGUUUGGGACCUCAAACUCGUAGUUUUGACGAGUCCCUGGGAUUGCCAAGAAUUUGUUAGUCCAGAGUUUCUAAUAGCACAUGAACACUGCAUAAUACCACCGGUCUGAUUUGGACAUAAUAUAUAUAUAUGUUUUAUUGUCACAUACACCGGAGAGGUGCAUUUCAUUGCUGCAGUGAAGCUGACUACCAAUGCUCAUAGAGAAUGAUUAAAUAACAUUUCUAGAAGAACAUGCUUUGGCAUUUUUCUUUUGAAUAUCAACAACAUUGGUCAGGCAAAGCCCCUCUAAUCAGCUCUGCUAUACAUGGAAUGGAGCAGACCUGGGUCCAAUACUUUCAAGUAUAGCCUAUAGCUUGAUUUAGCCUGGGGUUCUCCUUUUAGGGAGCAUUCCAUUGGCUCCAUUGUACAAGGCAAACUAAAUUAAGCGCAGCGGAAGUAUUGGGAAGUAUUUGACCAAGGUAUGGAAUGCCGUGUGACAAGUCUUGCAUACAUUCAACAUGCUCCUGCUGAAGUUUUACACAGGGAAAUUGUCAUUUUAUAAAACAUAAAAUGUUUAUGUAUCUGACAAAUACAUGCCUUCAGUCACAUGUUCAUAUUUGACACAUUUAAGAAUGUAAAUACACAUAUUGUAAGAUUUUAAAUGCCAAAAGUCAAGCCUGUUGAGUAGAAUGUUUGUGUGCGCUCCUAGGUCAAGGCGCAGUUGAAAAUAGUGUAUAUU